UGUCGAGGAAGGCGAUGGCUAGGCCAGACAUACAUAACACAUGUCCUAACCAUCUCAGCUGAUGUAGCUCCACAGCCUCGUCGAUUGAUUUCCCAUCCUUACCUAGCACUUAGAAGUGUUCUGCAUGAAAAUUAGUCUGCCUUUUACCACCCUUAUCUUUUCAUUUUAAAUGGCUUUACCCUAAACCAACUGAUAUCAAAACAUGUGUGUGGUCAAUUAGGUAAAAGAAGCUGUCUUUCUCCAAUUGUGGCUAUCCUUUUUUAUAUGUUAUCUAACUUUUAGACAGUCUGAUUUUUUUUGCUAACUCUUGUAAUUACUACUUUCAGGCUUUUCCUCAGAACGUAACAAUGAGUGUAGAAGAUCCAAAGCCAAUGGAUUGUUCUCCUAUCAAUAAUAAUAAUAAUGCUAAUCGAUUGUGUGCUAUAUGCCUAGAAAAUGAAUUCAAAUAUAAAUGUCCAAAAUGUGAAAUUAAAACUUGUAGCCUUUCUUGUUGUAAUAAUCAUAAAAGUCAAUUUAAUUGCAAUGGAAUCUGUGAUACGGUUACUUAUUGUCGACGAGAAAAUUAUUCUACAUUUCUUUUUCAAAGAGACUAUCGAUUGUUGGAAGAAAUUGACCGAAGGAAUGCUGAUAGAGAAAAACAGCUUUUGUCUCUGUCUCAUCGAAAUACUGGAAGAAUUCGAAAAAGAAAUCAGUUAGUAAAGUUGGCCAGAGAAUAUGGCAUUACUCUUCGACUCUCACCAACACUUAUCCUGUCGCGCACUAAAGUCAACCGAACUCGUAUCCAUAUACAAAAAGAUGAACCAAAAAGUAUAUUAUGGAGUGUAGAGUUUAAUCUUAUGCCAUUGCAGGCGGAUACAACUCCUGUUGUUGUUGUUUUUGAUCAAUCGAAAUCACUGCGACUGGUUGUACAUGAUCAAGAACAACAGACACGAUUGUGUAAUAUAUGGGAUGAUCAUGUGCUGAAUGUUUCCUCUGAAAAACAAGAUUCACUAAUCACCUAUUCACCUCCACGUUCACCGCCUUUUGGAAAGAUUUCAUCAUGGUUGCAUUGUGCAACAAAUCGAUCUAGUGAUCCUGCUAAUUCGAUGAAUAAAGUUUAUUUCUAUGUAAAAGUUCAAGAGAUUAGUGUUCCACAAAUCGACGAAGAUGUCAAGACAACACUAACUCGUCGAUAUAAAUAUGUGGAGAUAUUUACAACGAAUAGAUUGAUUAAUAUAUUAA